AAAGGAGAUGAAACGGUGCAGAUAGGGAUGGAAACGACGGUGCACACAUGGACAUCGAUGUAUAUAAAAGCUUCACUUUUUAUUGUUCAUCAAAACGCCCACGCCCAUUUCAGAAACGCUUCUCAAAACCAAAUCUUUCCGAAAAAUGGCUGCUGAUCGUUUCUUUCCAAAUGAAAUGCCCGCUUACAUCCCAGAAACUCAGUCAGCCCCCGCCGCUGACGAUUCGCUCACGAAGCUUCUCCAUCUUCCACUCAAGAUUCUGUCCGACCGCCUCAAGAAAGACGCUUUGGACAUCAAAGAUACAGUGGUUAAGGAGAGCUGGCUGGCCUCGGGAAAACGCGUGCGCGACUUUAGUUUGUACACGGGGGAUUUAGGAACUGCUUUCUUGCUGUUCAAAGCUUAUCAAGUUACAGGAGAUAGGACUCAUCUUCAUAUUUCUCUAGACAUAAUUAAAGCCUGCGAGACUGCUAUUCAAGGCUCUGGGCGCGUCACUUUCCUUUGUGGAGAGGCCGGUGUCUGCGCUGUUGGUGCUGUGGUGGCACACCACAAUGGUGAUGAGAAACUAUGCCAGCACUAUGUAUCACAGCUCAAAGAGAUUAAGCUAUCCACAGAUCUUCCAGACGAACUAUUGUAUGGGAGAGCCGGGUUUUUGUGGGCUUGUUUGUUCUUGAACAAACACAUUGGUCCAAACACAGUGUCCUCCAAUAGAAUGAGGGCUGUUGUCAAUGCAAUCAUAAGGUCUGGUAGGCAGCUGGGGAAGGGAAGCUGCCCCUUGAUGUAUGAGUGGCACGGGAAAAGAUACUGUGGAGCAGCCCACGGGCUAGCCGGGAUUAUGAACGUGUUGAUGGACGUGGAGCUGAAGCCUGAUGAGGCGGAGGAUGUCAAAGCCACACUACGUUACAUGAUCAAAAACCGUUUUGCUAGUGGAAAUUACCCCUCGAGUGAAGGAAAUGAAGCAGAUCAACUCGUCCAUUGGUGCCACGGGGCACCCGGUGUUGCUCUUACUCUGGUGAAAGCAGCCCAGGUUUUCAAAGGAGAUGAGUUUGUCGAAGCAGCAAUGGAGGCGGGGGACGUGGUCUGGAACAGAGGCCUACUGAAGCGAGUAGGGAUUUGUCACGGCAUCAGUGGGAAUGCCUACGUAUUCCUAUCGCUCUACCGCUUAACUGGGAAACCGGAAUACUUAUACAGAGCCAAAGCAUUCGCCUGCUUCCUCCAUGAUCGGGCUCAAACCCUCAUUUCAGAGGGUGUUAUACAUAAAGGUGAUCGUCCGUAUUCACUAUUCGAAGGUAUUGGGGGAAUGGCUUAUCUCUUUCUUGACAUCACUGAACCAUCUCAGGCUAGAUUUCCAGCCUAUGAACUCUAGUUUUCUUGCUGUAUGUUGUCGUUAUCACUUACUUAGUAUGCUGUUGUUGUAUCUUGACUACGGUCCCGUCCUUGUAUGUAAAUCUCCUUCUCUUGGCCUUCCUCGAGUUGUAAUUUUAGUGAAGCCAUAAUUCACAUUUGGAGUUUGAUUAGAUUUAGAUUUUGGUUGCUUACAUCAAA